AUGUACAGCGAUCUGGAAUGUGACUAUAUCAACCCUAUCGACCUUUGCAACCGCCUGAAUACCUACAUCGUGCCCGAAGCGGCAGUACAAGCCUUCCUUACCGUCCUCUUUCUUAUCAAUGGCUACUGGAUCGCUCUGGUCCUCAAUUUGCCAUUACUCGCAUACAACGCAAAGAAAAUCUUUGAGAAUCAACAUCUUCUCGACGCGACGGAGAUAUUCAGAAAGCUCAAUGUCCAUAAGAAGGAAUCAUUCAUCAAGCUCGGCUUCCAUCUGAUUAUGUUCUUCUUCUACCUCUACAGCAUGAUAGUGGCAUUAAUAAGGGACGAAUCGCAUUGA